AUGGGUUCUUUUUUUUCAGGUUUGUCCUCUUAAAAACCAAAAAGUGAAGAAAAAUAAAAUACCUCGAAUAAUAAAAAAGAAUAAUUGUAAACUAAUGAUGCUUUUAUCUCUAUGAAACCGACAUAAUCCAUAGGAGAGCAUAUUUUAUAAGAUGGAGAGUUCUCAUUCAAUGAAGAUAAAUGCAAAGGAUAAUCAUCAAAAAUGAUAAAAGGACAGACCAAUGCAAAUAACUACUAAUCUCAGGAGGCUAUAAUUAUAGAUUAAUCAGGUAAGUUGAAUAGACACUUUAAUGAUAACAAGCAUAAAAUCUUUUGUUAUGAGUGCAAUUAAAUAAUAGAUGAAACUCUUAUUAAAAUCAUUUGUUAGCAUACAUUUCAUUAGACUUGUUUUAUAUCAAUUAUUGAGAACUAAUUACAACAAAAAGAUAAAUUCAUAAUUAAAUGCAAAUGUGGAACCAAAUUAAACUCAAAUAUAUUAAGAUAAAUAGUAGAUGUUGAAAUUAGAUCUAAAUUACUUUACUAAAUAUUUUCUGUUCAGGUAUUAAAGAUAUUGUGA